UAAACUUUUACAAAGAAACAUGGAGGUCACGGACAGAAAUCUUCUUCCAUCAAAAGUUGUAGCGUCUUGUUUAGUUUAUAUUUUAUUUAUUUUUAACACUAUUUCUGUGCAAGGAGAGAGUGAAAUUCUAACCGAAGAGAACUGGGAUGUUGUGUUAAAUGGUCAAUGGAUGAUAAAAUUCUAUGCACCGUGGUGUCCUGCGUGUAGGAACCUUAGGCCAACAUGGGAAAAAUUUGCUGUAAAAGCUGAGUCUCUUGGUGUACGUGUUGCGGAAAUCGAUGUUACAAAAAAUCCAGGUCUAAGUGGGCGAUUUGGUGUUGUCUCUUUACCAACUAUUUAUCAUGCCAUCCAAGGUAAAUUUCGUGUCUACAAGGAAAAAAGAAAAUUGGAUGAAUUAGUUGAUUUUGUAACUUUAAAGAAGUGGGAGACAGUUGAGCCUGUUCCUUCGUGGAAAUCACCAGGUUCUAUUUUGAUGGGAUCUUUUGGAAUGGUCUUUAGAGCUUCAAUAGUUUUUAGGGAUAUCCAUAUAGCUUUAACAGAAGGUUAUGGUCUUCCAGCAUGGGCUUCUUUUGUCAUAUUCGGAGUAGUGACAAUUAUAAUUGGAUUGCUAUUUGGAAUGAUCCUUGUGUUUAUAUCUGAUUAUCUGUUUGGUGGUAUAUCAAGACCCCCGUCACAACCUGUUAAAGAGAUAAGCGACUCCAAAGUUAAAGAUGAAGCUAGUGAUGAUGAUAUGAAAUCUACUUCUCCAGAUGAUGACAAAGAAAAUGCAAAUGAUGAGAGUGGCAACAUUCGUAAAAGACCGAAGAAACUUAAAGCAACCAUGGAUUGAAGUUGUCUGCAUUCUUAGUAAAAGUUAAAUCUUAGGAAACGUUUUAUAAUUGAACUUCAGUUAGUGAGCUGUUGUUUAACGCUAAUCGUGACUUGUGUCAUAUUUUUUUUGGUUGUGUAUCAAUAAAAAAGUUAUUUGAUUCGUA